CCACGCCCACUCUGACGUCAGUCUCGGGCCGCACACCUUCGCCCCUCCCCCGGGGUUGUGACGUGAUAUCACCAGCCGGCUGCGAGGAGAAAACCGGCUUCUACCGGCCAGCGGGACACAGCGGCGGAGAGCGGCGGGGGCAUGAGAGACUGAGCGGACACCGGCCUAUCCGUCCACUGCCGGGGACAUGGCUCACAGCAAGGACACCCUACUGCACCUCCUGGCUGGAGGGUGUGCGGGUACGGUGGGCGCCAUUGUCACGUGUCCCUUAGAGGUGAUCAAGACCCGGUUACAGUCCUCAGGAGUCGCCCUCCAACCCGUUUACUAUUCUCAGGUUCAGCUGGGGACCCUCAGCGGAGGAGGAGGAGGAGGAGGAGGAGUCGUGCGGCCCGCCACGUCUGUCUCCCCCAGUGUGCUGCAGGUUCUCAAAUCCAUCCUUGAAAAAGAAGGACCAAAAUCUCUCUUCCGGGGACUGGGUCCUAAUCUAGUCGGUGUGGCCCCUUCCAGGGCUGUCUACUUUGCAUCGUACUCAAAAGCCAAGGAGCAGUUCAAUGCCAUAUUUGUCCCCAACAGUAACAUCGUGCACAUGUGUUCUGCAGGAUGCGCAGCUUUUGUUACAAAUACAAUGAUGAAUCCAAUCUGGAUGGUGAAAACACGAAUGCAGCUUGAGAGGAGGGUGGGAGGCUCCAAGCAGAUGAACGCGCUGCAAUGUGCCCGAUAUGUCUACCGGACCGAAGGCAUCCGAGGCUUCUACAGGGGGCUCACCGCCUCGUACGCAGGGAUCUCUGAGACCAUAAUCUGCUUUGUCAUAUACGAAGGGUUAAAGAAGCGCCUGGAAGAGCUGCACCUGUCUGCGGCAAAUGCCAGUACUAGAGAGAAGAUGUCGGCCAACUUUCUAGGGUUAAUGCUCGCUGCCGCGUUCUCCAAGGGAUGUGCCUCCUGCAUCGCUUACCCACACGAGGUCAUCCGCACGAGGCUUCGAGAAGAAGGCAGCAAGUACAAGACGUUCUGUCAGACGGCGCGGCUGGUGGCGCGGGAGGAGGGCUACGCAGCCUUUUACAGAGGACUUUUAGCUCAACUUUUCCGGCAAAUUCCCAACACGGCCAUUGUCCUGUCUACGUACGAACUUAUAGUCUAUUUUCUCCGUGAUAAACCCAAGUAGAGCGGGGGCGCAAAAGGCACAAUGGACACUGACCAAAACGAAAGACUGCUGUACUGUAAAGGACGCGGGACGCCCCGCCGCGCCCUUCUCAACACCUUUUCUGGGAAGUUUAAAUUCUCAUUCACAUUUAGUAGUUACUUUGUAUAUUUUGUUAUUUAAAAACAACUUGCAGAGUCCCGAUCCCACCGACGCUGCGAGUAACACCAUCCCGCUAUUUAAAGGGGUGCUUCACUGGAAACUUCUUUUUUUUUUUUUUUUUUUUUUUUU